AGAGAGAGAGAGAGAGAGAGAGAGAGAGAGAGAGAGAGAGAGAGAGAGAGAGAGAGAGAGAGAGAGAGAGAAUAAGAUCUGAUUUCAAGUGCGUGAUGGCUGUAGCGAAGUUUCACAGGUGCUUCGGUCCCGCACGGAUUGCUUACGUCCAUCGGCUACUCCUUGCGCUUUUCGUGCUCCCGCUUGUUGCGCUGCUUUUCCUCGGCUUUCCCUCCGAUCAAAUCUUGACCGUUCGUUUGGGACGAAAAUGGAUCUUAGUUCUCGAUAGCAAGUCCGGCGAUGCAUCGUCAUCUCUGGAUGGCGAUGCUUAUAAUGCUAAUGAAAAGAAUAAUAAUCAUAAUAAUGUAAUCGCGAUCAGGCCGACGACGACCGCAGAUCCCGAUCGCUCAUGGAUCGAGACGGCCGUCCAGAAACAUGAGUCGUUUGUCGGCGUCGCGGCGGCGGCGGCGGAUCCUCACCGCUCGUUGAUGAUGGCGAUCGACGAAAAUUUCGGGAAGAAGAGAAGCGGAGAAAAGAGAGCGAGAGGGGGAGGAGGGAGCGAGAGAGAGACGGAGAGCGAAGUCGACAGAAUGAACGACAUAAUCGUUGCUGAUCUUCACCGCUCACUGAUGAUGACGUCAACGGAUGAUGACGUCAUCAUCGGAGAAAAGGGUGAGAGAGGGAGGGAGAGAGACUUGAUGGCCAUGGCGGGAGAUCUCGACCGUUCGUUCUUCGAUUUGAUGAUGUCGACAACCGAAAUGGAGGAGGAGAAGAAGAUGAACGGAGGGAGAGAGCGAGAGAGCGGCGGCGGGAGAGAAGGUGAGCGGAUCGGGGUCGAUCGCGACCGUUCGUCGCGGAGAUCGGGACCGAGCAGCGAUGGCGGCGACCUGGGGAUGGGGAUCGCAGGUCCCGACCGGCGUUCACUGACGAUGACGACAACAGGCGUCGCCGGCGGUCGCGGCAACGACGAUGGCGAUCGCGAUCCCGGUGGCGACCGUCCGUACAUGACACAAAACGACAGCGGGGGCAAAGAGGCGGGGAAAAGCGCGGGAAAAAGCGCGGGAAAGUCGGCGGCGGGGAAGAUGGCGAAGAUGGCCGUCGCUGAUGUUGAUCUCCCGCGUUCGUUGAUGACGAUAAGCCCAAUCAAGGAGGAUGCCGACAAGAAGCUCGGGAUCGGUGGUGGACAAGCUCAGAGAGAAAGAGAGAGGAAGAGAAUGGAUAGGGGGUUGAUGGAGGAGGAGGAGGAGGAGGAGGAGGAGGAUGAGCGUAGCUAUCGCGAUGACGAUCUUGACCGGUCUUUGCGAGUGAAUGAUAGUAGGAUUGUGCGAGGGAGGACGGCAAACCAGCUCUCUUUCCCUCAUCAAGUCCUCCUGGCAAUCAACAGACCGGACUUCGUUUCCUCUUCCACAUCCAUCUGUGGAGGCACUUUGAUUGAUCCUGAGCAUGUCCUCACUGCCGCUCAUUGUGUGAUCACAAGCGAUCUUCAAACGCUCAAUCAGUCACAGAUUAAACUCUAUGUAGGGAGCAAUGAAUACGCAAUGGGAAGGAAUAUACCGAUCGAGCAAAUUUGGCGCCAUGCGGGUUUCAACUUCAAUUACGAGAAUGACGUGGCAGUAAUCAAGCUGGCGGCAGCUGUACCAAUCACGACGCGCACUGCGCCAAUCAAGAUAGCCGUUGAUGACAGUCCGUUGCUACAGGACGGUGUGGAUGUGACGAUCAGUGGGUGGGGAACGACGUCGUAUCUGGGAAGUGCAUCUAGAGAUCUACUCUCGGCUGUCAUCAACUCUCUGCCUGAUGGGUGUGGCAAUUACAAGGCGCCUAAUUACACUCAGUUCAAUCCUGAUUUGCAGAUAUGUGCGGGUUGCGCUCAAGGCUUCAUCGACUCAUGCCAGGGUGAUUCAGGUGGCCCAGCAACAACAAACUCUGCAUCUGGAGGCUGUCCCGUUCUGGUUGGGAUUACGAGCUUUGGCGAAGGAUGCGCGUACCCAGGAUUUCCGGGUGGCUAUACGCGAGUCACAAAAUUUGUGGAAUGGAUCGAGCAACAAACUGGUCGUUCAUUCCGCACUCAGUAUGCACUUGCCCCAACUUCAAAAUGCGACAUGUGCACUCCGGGGCAGAACUGCCAAGAGUCCCGGGACCAAAUUCCUGUGCCUUUCAAUGCCUCCCGGUGCUUCAUUGAGGCGUACCUAGCCAGUGCUUUCAAGCUGGCGCUGAAGCCUUGUUCCUUGCGUGGUCCGGCCAUGUCGGGUCCGCGAGGUCGGCCACACAUGGGGCCGACAAAUAUGUCCGCGAUCAACGUUGGGCUUACGCUGCCGCUGGAGGCCUUUUUCUCACCGGGAGCAUUCGGAAAAUUGGGAUAUCGACCGCAGGGAAAGGUGUACUUCAUGAGAUCGACAAAAGCCGGGGGCGCGCAUGUUAAAAUUGGAAAUGUGACUGUAUACAGUGCACUUGAAGAUCCCGUGGAAGUCCGUGAGGGCUCCGUUCAAGGUGCCACGUGGCGAUAUCUAUGGCCAGCAGACGAUGGAUACCCUAACAGAACAUGCAGCAAGACUUACGUGUAUGCAGCUGCCUUCAUCAAUCUUGAAUCUGCUGACCGUGUUCCAUUGGUGCAAUUGUCUGUGAACACACAAGUCCUGUAGCUUCUGCAUCCUGCAUACAUUGCUUAAUGGUAACCCGAGGCCAUAUCCGUCCACCUAACCCCCUCCUCCCUCCCACUCUGUGAUUGCUGCUUCGCUUGUCCCCUUUCCCAUCUCUGUCCCUCCUGGUUUGUCAAGCUUUUUGGGGAAGAGAAUCCCUCCACCUGCUUUUCUUGCAGUGAGAAUA